AUGAUGUCCAAAUGGUUUUCACAAGGAUUAGGCUCAGGACGCCUGGAACCAUUCUAUCUACGUUCAGAACAGACGCAUGUAGUACCUCAUGAAGUGACGAUCACAACAUUGGUGACAUUAAAUCGGUUACCGGUAUUGCAACGACUGGCAGAACAUUACCAAGGACCCAUUUCGGCUGUACUUCAUAUCGAUGAUAAUGAACAACAAGACCGUUUGCUUGAAGAAACACGACAAAUGUAUUUGGAUCAUCCUGCCAUGCGACGUCAUGUAGAUAUCCAUGUGUUGGUGGACAAGUAUGAACGACAAUUCAAUCUGUGGCGCAACUUGGCCAAGAUGUAUGCCCGUACCGAUUAUAUCCUUAUGCUCGACGUUGAUUUUUUGGUGUCACCCUCGAUUCGUCAGAUCCUACCGACAUUGGCCCCCAACUUGAUCGAUGCUCUUCGGUUGGGUAAAGCAGCUUUGGUCAUCCCUGCCUUUGAAGAAAAACAAAAAACAACAAACAACAACAAUAAGACAGAUCUUUUCCCAACUUCCAAGAAAGAAUUAAUUCAUCAAGUGAAACAACACAAGGUGGAUAUGUUCCAUAGUUUUUGGCUCAAGGGUCAUGGUGCCACUAAUUAUACUCACUGGUAUACCGCAACGGCGCCUUACAAGGUGGUGGAUUACAAUUAUGCUUAUGAACCUUAUGUGAUUAUCAAGAAAGAAGAUACUGCUUGGUGUGAUGAACGCUUCAUUGGGUAUGGUGCCAACAAGGCUGCUUGUCAUUUUGAAUUGUAUAUCUCUGGUGUGGAUUAUUUUGUGUUGCCAGAUGAGUAUCUUUUACAUCAGUAUCAUCCUUAUCCCGAAAAUACAAGAUCAUAUGAACGUCAACUCAACCGAAAACUCUAUGAUCAUUUUCGUGAAGAAAUUUGUUUCCGAUAUGCUAGAUCCAUGAUGGCUCGUGGACAAUGGGAUACCGAACAAGCUGAUAAUGCCAAACGGGAAUGUCGUAAGAUCAAACAUUGGAAAGAUCUAAUGGAAAAUGUCCAAUAA